AUGGAGACUUCCAAGACCUUCAUUAGACGUCCUCCGGUCACACCAGGCUACAGUGGUUUUGUGCCCUACCUCAGCUGCCAGGGGACCUCCGGCGAGGACCACAUGGACCACUGCCUGGAAGACUUCCAGGAGCAAAGGCAGCGAUACAUAGACCGGCAGGAGGCGCUUCACCGUUCAGUGGACGCUGCCCCCAAACUGAAGCCCGUCUGCUCCGAGGACACGGUCCUGCGGGCUCUGCACGAGUACACUCGGAAGUACCACCCCUUGAGUCUGGAAUGCAAGAACAUGAAGAAACCUCUCCAUGAGCCCCCGAUCCCUGGCUGGGCAGGCUACCUCCCCAGAGCCAAGGUCACUGAACUAGGUUGUGCCACGAGGUACACUGUCAUGGCCAGAAACUGCUACAAGGACUUCAAGGACAUUGUGGAGCGGGCCAAGAGAGCACGUCUGAAAUCAUACGAGGAACUGUGUGGAAUUAGCCCCACACAAACUGAUGCUCCUUCUCCAAAAGUUUUGCAGCACGAAGAGCUGACACCCCCAAACCCAGACUUCUCCAUCGCAGGUAGAAGCUGCCCUACCUUUGGAAAACCCUGGAGCCAAGACCCCAGAGCUCCUGUGACAUGUGACUCGCCUCAGAGGCUAAGUACUCCAUGCAACACGAAGAUUUACCUAGGGCCACGGCCCUUACCAAAGAAUGCAGAGGUCUAGAAGCAUGUGGCUUAGACCU